GUAGGCAUUUUUUGGGUGGUUGGUUGAACAAACUACUUCAUCAGUGGCGUACCUGUGCUGAAAUACAUCACCGCAAAUGUAUUUAAACGGAAUGGCUGCCUCCGGGAAGCUCGCAUCUUUCCGCUUACCUCCCUUGCCCACUGUCAGUGAACUGAUCAAGCUGUACAACCUGCGAGCAGAGAAACAGCUAUCUCAAAACUUUCUGUUGGAUUUGAGGCUCACAGACAAACUAGUGCGGCAGGCAGGCAAUUUGAACAAUGCCCAUGUAUGUGAAGUGGGUCCGGGUCCUGGGGGCUUGACCCGCUCCAUUCUGAACGCCGGGGCAACGGACCUGCUUGUGGUGGAGAAGGAUUCACGCUUCAUCCCUGGAUUAAAGUUGCUGUCUGAGGCUGCGCCUGGCAGGUUGAGAAUUGUCCAUGGUGACAUUCUUACCUAUAGAAUGGACAGAGGAUUCCCAGGAAGUAUCUCUCGGCCAUGGGAGGAGGAUCCACCAAAUCUUCACAUCAUAGGCAAUCUUCCCUUCAGUGUUUCUACUCCUCUCAUCAUCAGUUGGCUGGAGAACAUAGCCAAAAGGACCGGGCCUUUUGCUUAUGGACGCACCCGACUCACGCUCACCUUUCAGAAGGAGGUCGCAGAGAGGUUGACAGCCAGCACAAAGAGCAAACAGAGGAGCCGUCUGUCCAUCAUGGCUCAGUAUCUCUGCACCGUCCACCACCGUUUCACCAUCCCUGGAAGGGCCUUCGUCCCCAAACCAGAGGUGGACGUUGGAGUUGUUCAUUUCACCCCUUUGGUUCAGCCUCUCAUCCAGCAGCCCUUCAAACUGGUGGAGAAAGUCGUCAGGAAUAUUUUCCAGUUCCGCAGGAAGCGCUGCCACCGAGGAAUCGGAAUGUUGUUCCCCGAGGCGUGUCGCGACGCCCUCACAGAGGAGCUGAUGUGCAAGGCAGAUGUGGAGCCCACCCUGCGCCCCACCGAACUCAGCAUCCCCCACUUUAAGGCACUGGCGGACGUCUACGCUCACAUGUGCAGCCGGGAGCCGCUUCUGCUCGGCUACAACUUCCGAGAAGAGCUCCGGCUGAAACACCUCGCCAAGCGGAGAGGAAUGCAGACGAACAUGCCACAGGCAAUGCCACCGAGCCCUGAGCAACCAAACUAAACAUGAGAAAGAGCAGAAAGAAAAACAAAGCUCUGUUCUUAUAGUCUUGCCAUUUCCAUCUGGCAGCGGCCUGCAUUUUUGAUGCAUCCAAGACCACCAACUGACUUGUUUAUUGGACGAUAAAAGCAGAUUAGCAGGAAUUGAGCAGUGGUUAAAGGCUUUGCAGAUGUUCACUGUAUUGAACACUACACACAAAAGUAAGUACACCCCUCACAUUUUUGCAAAUAUCUUUUUGUGGGACAACACUGAGGAAAUCAUGAUUUGCUCUGAUGUAAAGCAGUGAGAGUAACAGUGUAAAUUUACCUGCCAUUCAUAAUAAUGCAACACAGAGCCAUUGUCUAAACCACUGGCAACAAAAGUGAGUACACCAGAUGUGAAAAUGUCAAUAUAUGUUUUGGAUAAAUUCCAGCAGGCUGUGUAUUGGGAAAAACAUAAUGAGCAGAUUGCGCUAAAUGCAACUCAUAUUUGUAGAGUCAAUGUUUCAAUAAAGUUUUACAUUUUCU